AUGCCAACAGAAAAGCCAUUACAAGCAGCGAGAAUAGUAUCAAGUGUUGCAGCAACAUGUAUCGCAUUGGCGUGCGGGACAAACUAUGCUUUCUCCAAUUGGGGUCCGCAGUUCGCUGAUAGAUUGAGGUUAUCUUCAACACAGAUUAAUCUGAUAGGACUAUUCGGGAAUUUGGGUAUGUAUGCAUGCGGGAUACCAAUCGGGUUAUUAGUAGAUGGGAAAGGGCCUCGACCUGCCGUGAUAUUGGGAAUGCUAUUACUUGCCGCAGGAUACUUUCCCCUAUAUCAAGCAUAUGUUAGAGGGUCUGGAUGGCUACCACUACUUUGCCUAUAUUCAUUCUUCACUGGUUUAGGAGGAUGUGCCGCUUUCGCAGCUUCCAUUAAGACUUCAGCUCUUAAUUGGCCACACAACAGAGGCACUGCGACAGCCUUUCCCCUGGCGACUUUUGGACUCAGCGCAUUUUUCUUUUCAGCCUUCACUGCAUUUACGUUUCCUGGAGAUGCCGGACAUUUCCUGUUAGUUCUAGCCUGUGGUACAAGUGGAACCGUGUUUCUAGGAUUCUUCUUCCUUCGGGUGAUACCGCAUGCCCAUUACUCGGCCCUACCCGGCCAUAAUCAAUCCCAGUCAAAUCGACUUCAUCGCACGAAAUCGGAGGAAAGCAAGCGACGAGCAGAAAGAGACGACUUGGAUCCAGAAUCCGGGGCAAUGGUACCUGAGAACGGCGUCACGUCAGAUACCGACGAGACCUCCUCCUUGAUGUCAAAAUCAACCGAUGAAGAAUCACGAGAAAAUGUAGACGAAACUGACAAGAAGGACCAUUCGCGACGUGUAGAUAUUCGAGGAUUCCAGUUAUUCAAAACAGUGGAAUUUUGGCAAUUAUUCGCCUUGAUGGGGAUUCUGACGGGUAUUGGUUUGAUGACUAUUAAUAACAUCGGGAACGAUGCCCAAGCACUUUGGCGUCACUGGGAUGAUUCAAUUCCUGAAGAAUUUAUCAUGCAUCGCCAAGCAAUGCAUGUAUCGAUUCUCUCCAUCUGUUCAUUCACCGGCCGUCUUCUCAGUGGAGUCGGUUCCGACUUCCUUGUCAAAGUCCUCCGCUGCAGCGGCCUCUGGUGUCUAACCCUCGCCUCUAUAAUCUUCCUCAUCGCCCAAAUCGCCGCCCUUAACACCGAAAACCCGCACCUCCUCUUUCUCGUCUCCUCUUUCACCGGCCUCGGCUAUGGCUUCCUAUUUGGAUGUUUCCCCUCCCUCGUAGCCGAAGCCUUUGGCGUGAACGGCCUCUCUACAAAUUGGGGUUUCAUGACUCUCUCCCCCGUUCUCUCGGGAUACAUCUUUAACCUUUUCUACGGAGUCGUCUAUGAUCAUCAUAGCGUCGUGAAAGAUGGCGGUGUGAGGGAAUGUACAGAAGGUCUGCAAUGUUAUCGCAGCGCAUAUUUGGUCACGGUUACGGCGUCGGUGUUGGGCUUGUUGGUUAGUUUGUGGUGUAUUAGAUUCACGCAUUUGGAGAGACUGGAGGAAACGAGGAAACUUGAGGCGGAUGAGAGGGAGGAGUGA